AUGGCUAAGUGCAAAGUGAUGCAUCUGCGUCACCAGCUGGUGAGGGCUUACAAGAUUGGAGACCACACCUUGGCGAAGGUUUCUCAGGAGCGUGACCUGGGUGUAUUGGUACAGGAAGAUCUCGGGUGUUCAAAACGAGCAGAGAAGGCGAGGAUAACCGGAAAUCAACACUUCGGCCUUCUUCGCAGAGCCUUCGGUCGGUUUGAACCAUCAAUAUUUCCCCAAAUGCUUAAGGCCUACGUGCGACCUCACGUGGAAUAUGCUAUUCAGGUGUGGCAGCCGUGGCAGAAACAGGAUCUCGUUGCUCUCGAGACUCCUCAACGACGGGCAACCAAGAAUGUCAGGGGCCUCUUUCAUCUGCCCUAUCAGCUUAGACUGAAAUCUCUAAGAAUGUACAGCAGUCGAUAUCGGCUUUUGCGGGGGGGAUCACAUAAUGGUUUAUCAGAUUCUGAAGAAUCCAAACCACAGUUGCCGUCCACUGCUGGAAUUGAACCCCAACACUAA